AUGACGUACAGUUUCAGGUAGAGUUUGCAACAUUUGUAAUCUUUAAUGUAUCACCACAGGUAUUAAUCGAGUUAUGAGAUGAAUAGUGCUGUUGCAAUGUAAUGUAAUGUUAGCCAGAAUUGGCCACUGCAUGCAAGGCCAACAAACAAACUUUAGCUGGGUGACCAUCAAUCCAACUGACCUCAACCAUAAAAUGGAGCAACUACCAUUUGCCUAUUUAAUAGGAUAAUUGAGAAGUCAAUCUUGCAAGUUGCACAUUUGCAAUACGAUUAAGUGGUUUGGGCUCCUUUCCAAAAAGUAUUUUUGUCACUUGCAUUCUUAAUUCUAGGGUGCAUUGUGCAGAGUUGAAUUGUUCUUGUAGAAAACCAUAGACCGAAUAGAAUAAUGUGUAUAUUGCAAUUUCUCUACUACACAGGGGCUCUGCCAUUGCCAAGAUAGUAGGCGCCAAUGCUGCUCAUAACUCCAAGUUUGACAACACGGUGACCAUGUGGGUGUUUGAGGAGAUGGUGGAUGGUCGCAAACUGACAGAGAUCAUCAACACUGACCAUGAGAACGUCAAGUACCUGCCUGGACACAAGCUACCCCCCAAUGUGGUGAGGAGCACAUCGCAUGGUGCUAUGUGUUGUAAUCCUACUCGGGAAUGUGAAUUUUAAAAAAAUAUUCCUGUUUUCUAUAAUCCUUUAUUCACAUAAUUGAAAUUGACCUACCCCUAAGCCAAUACCUGUUUUGCCUGUUUCAAUGUUACCCUCAUCACAUCUUUGCCUAAUGCUGUGUGACAGUUUGUUCUGUCACAACUAGGAGGUCCUAAACCUGCUUAGUAAUAAACUGCUGUGGGGAAUGAUGUCAGCUGCCUUCUGCUGGACCAUAUGUGUAAAGGGUCAGCCCUGGCUCAGUUAUUAUGUUUUGCAGCUGUCCUUGCAGCUCUCAGUACCUCUCACUACAAUCCACAGUACACCCCAUAGCAAUUUCCGAGAGGAGUUCUCCCAGGAUUAGAAUGAAACUAAACUAACUACUCCGUGAACCCCUGCCCCGUGGCUUGCACUCAACAGAUUUGGUAGGAUGAGUCAUGCUGACUUGACUAAUUUAGCGCAGUCACUGCAUUAUGUUACACAAUUAUAAAAUAACUGUUUUUAAUGAAAUUGUUUCUGGCGAGAGGACAGAUUUUUGAUACCUUUUGAUGUAGCUUUGUGGACUGUGGCACCCACUAUUUAGAAUUAAUAACGGAUUAAUUUGACAAUGUGCAACUUGACGAAGAUCCUUGCAGGAUCUAAACGUUUGUUUGUGAUGGAGCUUAUGAGUGUGCAGGCUCUAUUUAUUUUAUAUUUACAAUGUGCAAGAACUACAUGAGACAAGCAGACCAAGACCAGUGCCCUUACUGUCCCCUCUUCUGUUUCUCCCCCAGUUGGCAGUUCCUGAGCUGGUGGAUGCUGCCAAGGAAGCAGACAUCCUAGUGUUUGUGAUCCCUCACCAGUUCAUUGGCGGAGUGUGUGACACCAUGAAGGGGAAGAUAAAGAUUAAUGCACUAGGAAUGUCACUCAUCAAGGUUUGGCUAAUACCCAUGCUCUCUUCACUCUCAGUUGGUAGAGCAGGGCUCUUGCAACGGCAUCAUAGUUUGAUUCCCGGUACCACCCAUAUGUGUAAAAAUAAAUAAAUAUGUAUGCACGCAUGGCACUAAGUCGCUUUGGAUAAAGGUGUCUGCUAAAUGGCAUACAGUGUCUUAAGAAUGUAUCACGCCAGGCACACAAAUACAUGCUGGGUUUGUAUAGAUCAACAUUUUUGUUAAGCCUGAAUUGUAACUGAUUAAUUGAGAUUUUUUGACCCUGUACUCAUCCCAUAAUGUCAGUGUCAAUGAUUCAAAACUUUUUCAAUGUUGACAGCCCUGAUGUCAAUAAAUGAGUUUUUUUUGCCAUUCACCACUCCCCAUUAAUGUCAAAGGAAUUAUGUAUUUUUAACUUUUUUUCAAUUAAUUACAAAUGAAAGCCGAGUCAAGAAUUGCAACCCUUAUAUGGCAAGCUAAAAAGUUCAAUGUAAAAGUGCUUAACAAGUCACAUAAGUUGCAAUAAUAGUGUUGAUUUUUGAAUGACUACCUCAUCUUUGUACCCCACACAUACAAUUAUCAGGAAGGUCCCGUAAACACAGAAUUUCAACCACAAAGACCAGGGAGAUUUUCCAAUGCCUCACAAAGAUGGGCACCUAUUGGUAGAUGGGUAAAAAAAUUUUUUUAAAUUAAGCAGACGUUGAGCAUGGUGAAGCUAUGAAUUACACUUUGGAUGGUGUAUCGAUACACCCAGUCACUACAAAGAUACAGACAUCCUUCCUAACUCAGUUGCCGGAGAGGAAAGUAACCGCUCAGGGAUUUCACUGAGGCCAAUGUUGACUUUAAAACAGUUAGAGUUUAAUGGCUAUGAUAGGAGAAAACUGAGGAUGGAUCAACAACAUUGUAGUUAUUCCACAAUACUAACCUAAUUGACAGAGUAAAAAGAUGGAAGCUUGUACAGAAUACAAAUAUUCCAAAACAUGCAUCCUGUUUGCAACAAGGCACUAAAGUAAUACUGCAAAAAAUGUGGCAAAAGCAAUUUACUUUUUGUCCUGAAUACAAAGUGUUAUGUUUGGGCCAAAUCCAAUCCAACACAAUACUGAGUACCAUUCUCCAUAUUUUCAAGCAUAGUGGUGGCUACAUCAUGUUAUGUGUAUGCUUGUAAUUGUUAAGGACUGGGGAGUUUUUCAGGAUUAAAAAAAGAAACGGAAUGGAGCUAAGCACAGGCAAAAUCCUAGAGGAAAACCUGGUUCAGUCUGCUUUCCAUCAGACACUUGGAAAUUAAUUCACCUUUCAACGGCCACAUCUACGCUGGAAUUGCUUACCAAGAAGAAAAUGAAUGUGGCUGAGUUACAGUUUUGACUUAAAUCUACUUAACAAUCUAUGCCAAGACCUGAAAAUGGUUGUCUAGCAAUGAUCAUCAACUAAUUUGAGAGAGCUUGAAGAAUUUUGAAAAGAAUAAUGUGCAAAUGUUGCACAAUCCAGGUGUGGAAAGCUCUUGUAGACUUACCCAGAAAGACUCACAGCUGUAAUCGCUGUCAAAGGUGCUUCUACAAAGUAUUGACUCAGGAGUGUGAAUACUUAAGUAAAUUAGUUAUUUCUGUAUUUCAUUUUCAAUAAAUUUGCCAAAAUUUCUAAAAACAUGUUUUCACUUUGUCAUUAUGGGGUAUUGUGUGUAGAAUUCAUUUUUAAUUCAGGCUGUAACACAACAAAAUGUGCAAUAUGUCAAGGGGUAUGAAUACUUUCUGAAGACACUGUAUAUUAUUAUGUAGGUUAUAGCUCCACUGUAAUGAAUAGUGGGGUCUGAAUAGUGGGGUCUUAUUGACACCCUUGGCCCUGAUAAAGAUAAGCAAUAAUGACUGUAUAAAAUAAAACAUUCAUUCUGAGCUAUAUUGUAUAGUCAAAUAAAUAAUUAGGAAAUUAUUAUUAUAUUAUUUUAUACUAAUACAAUUUCACAGAGAAAGAGAUUUGGUUUAACAAGUAAACUUUUUUUUCUCAAAGGUAGGGGUAAAAAUUAUUGACACCCCUAAAGAUUCUUAUUAAAUAAGUAGUCAAUUUUAGUAUUUUGUCCCAUAUUCCUAGCACAUACAAACUUGUUAAAUGUAUUUGCAGUUCGUUUUGGUUUUGUUUCAGAUUAUUUUGUGCCCAAUAUACAGUGAGGGGAAAAAAGUAUUUGAUCCCCUGCUGAUUUUGUACGUUUGCCCACUGACGAAGACAUGAUCAGUCUAUAAUUUUAAUGGUAGGUUUAUUUGAACAGUGAGAGACAGAAUAACAACAAAAAAAUCCAGAAAAACGCAUGUCAAAAAUGUUAUGAAUUGAUUUGCAUUUUAAUGAGGGAAAUAAGUAUUUGACCCCUCUGCAAAACAUGACUUAGUACUUGGUGGCAAAACCCUUGUUGGCAAUCAGAGGUCAGACGUUUCAUGUAGUUGGCCACCAGGUUUGCACACAUCUCAGGAGGGAUUUUGUUCCACUCCUCUUUGCAGAUCUUCUCCAAGUCAUUAAGGUUUCGAGGCUGACGUUUGGCAACUCAAACCUUCAGCUCCCUCCACAGAUUUUCUAUGGGAUUAAGGUCUGGAGACUGGCUAGGCCAAUCCAGGACCUUAAUGUGCUUCUUCUUGAGCAACUCCUUUGUUGCCUUGGCCGUGUGUUUUGGGUCAUUGUCAUGCUGGAAUACCAUUCCACGACCCAUUUUAAAUGCCCUGGCUGAGGGAAGGAGGUUCUCACCCAAGAUUUGACGGUACAUGGCCCCCUCCAUCGUCCCUUUGAUGCGGUGAAGUUGUCCUGUCCCCUUAGCAGAAAAACACCCCCAAAGCAUAAUGUUUCCACCUCCAUGUUUGACGGUGGGAAUGUGUUCUUGGGGUCAUAGGCAGCAUUCCUCCUCCUCCAAACACGGCGAGUAGAGUUGAUGGCGUAGAGCUCGAUUUUGGUCUCAUCUGACCUCAACACUUUCACCCAGUUCUCCUCUGAAUCAUUCAGAUGUUCAUUGGCAAACUUCAGAUGGGCCUGUAUAUGUGCUUUCUUGAGCAGGGGGACCUUGUGGGCGCUGCAGGAUUUCAGUCCUUCACGGCGUAGUGUGUUACCAAUAGUUUUCUUGGUGACUAUGGUCCCAGCUGCCUUGAGAUCAUUGACAAGAUCCUCCCGUGUAGUUCUGGGCUGACUCCUCACCGUUCUCAUGAUCAUUGCAACUCCACGAGGUGAGAUCUUGCAUGGAGCCCCAGGCCGAGGGAGAUUGACAGUUCUUUUGUGUUUCUUCCAUUUGCGAAUAAUCGCACCAACUGUUGUCACCUUCUCACCAAGCUGCUUGGCGAUGGUCUUGUAGCCCAUUCCAGCCUUGUGUAGGUCUACAAUCUUGUCCCUGACAUCCUUGGAGAGCUCUUUGGUCUUGGCCAUGGUGGAGAGUUUGGAAUCUGAUUGAUUGAUUGCUUCUGUGGACAGGUGUCUUUUAUACAGGUAACAAACUGAGAUUAGGAGCACUCCCUUUAAGAGUGUGCUCCUAAUCUCAGCUCGUUAUCUGUAUAAAAGACACCUGGGAGCCAGAAAUCUUUCUGAUUGAGAGGGGGUCAAAUACUUAUUUCCCUCAUUUAAAAUGCAAAUCAAUUAUAACGUUUCUGAAAUGCGUUUUUCUGGAUUGUUUUGUUGUUAUUCUGUCUCUCACUGUUCAAAUAAAACUACCAUUAAAAUUAUAGACUGAUCAUUUCUUUGUCAGUUGGCAAACGUACAAAAUCAGCAGGGGAUCAAAUACUUUUUUCCCUCACUGUAAAUGAAUGGUAAAUAAUUUGUCAUUUCGAGUGACUUUUUUAUUAUAAAUAAGAAUAGAAUAUGUUUCUAAACACUUCUACAUUAGUAUGGAUCCUACCAUGAUUACGGAUAAUCCGGAAUGAAUCGUGAAUUAUGAUGAGUGAGAAAGUUACAGAGGGUCAAUGCAUGCUAACCUCCGCUGUUAUUGGUAAUGAUAAAAAAAAUACUUGUUCCAAAAAAUAUUUCUCUAAGCAAUUGUAUUAGUAUAAAAUAUUUUAAAUUCCCAAAUUUUUGGGAGCAUACAAUAUAGCUCAGUAUUUGAAUUAUUGAUUUUAUACAGUCAUCAUUGCUCAUCAUUAUCAAGGGUGUCAAUAAUUUCAGACCCCACUGUACGUCUUUUGAAUUGCUUUACUGUAUGUACUGUGUACUCCUGUUAUGUGUUCUACUCCAGGGUGUGGAUGAGGGUCCUGACGGACUGAAGCUCAUCUCUGAUGUGAUCCAGGAGAAGCUGGGCAUCACCAUGAGUGUGUUGAUGGGGGCCAACAUUGCCAACGAGGUUGCCGAUGAGAAGUUCUGUGAGACCACUAUCGGUUAGACUCCUGGGGGGGGGGGAAGAGGAACAUUUUAUUUAUGGGAGAAAAAUUCACAUUGUGAUGGGCUUGGGUUAUCAUUAUCUUACAUACUUUUGAAUGGUGUGCUGUCCUGCGUUUUUUCCCUUUCUGAACAUUUGGUUUGGGUAAAUGUAUACAGUGCAAACUGAAAAGUAAGGCAUUCAUUUAGACAGUUUUGUCAAUGUGUGUGGAGACAUAGUUUAACAAGUUAAGUUAUUAGAGAUUGAGCUGGAGUAGUAAAAGUAAAUGGGCCAAACAUGUUUUGUGAGGCACAGCCUAUGCCAGAUUUAAUCAAACCGCCAGAAAACGAUGUCUCUGCUCAAGGCUACCCAGUCAGCAUGGGGUAAAGUGUAAGCAGCAUUGUACUGGCUGUUUACAUUACAAAGAGUGGGCUGGCUUGUUUAAUGGUAGUUCUCCUUUACACUUGUUAUUGUAUCUAGCCAGAGGUGAAAGUAGAAUUCAUUUCUUCCCGGGACGGGACCUCCUAUACGCGCUUGUGUGUGCACCACCAUUUUUUUGGUAUGCCAUCUAUGUAGUGUAUUUCAAACAUGACAUAAGUAUAUUGAGGGCCAUUACUGCAGUUUUUUUUUGCUUGUGACCUUACCAUGAAAACCCUGUGCCCUAACCUAUAACUAGACCCUGGUAAUUAGGCCUUUAAUUAGGGCCUGGACCUUGAGUUUCCUCGUUAUGUCACAUGGUAAGUGCUAGAGUUUCAUUACAUUUUUGUUAGGAUUGAAAAGGGUUAACUAUUUCUCUCUCCCAUUUUCCCUCUCCCCAGGAUGUAAGGAUAAAGAACAUGGGGCUUUGCUGAAGGAACUCAUGCAGACCAGUAACUUCCGGGUCACGGUAGUGGAGGAGUCCGAUGUGGUUGAAAUCUGUGGAGCACUGAAGGUGAGCACUCAACCAUUAAGGCUGUGUUUACACAGGCGGCCCAAUUCUGAUUAUUUUCCCACUAAUUGGUCUUUUGGACCAAUCAGAACAGCUCUUUUGCCAAUAAUUGGGAAAAUAUCAGAAUUGGGCUGCCUGUGUUAACGCAGCCUUAGAGAUUCUGCCUGGCCUCGCCUUAUUUAAUGUCUAGUCAUAUUGUCUCAACGUCUGAAUCUCAACACCUUCCUCAUUUCCAAUUGUAUACUUUCUACUUGCCCUUCAUCUACUUCUUAGAUGAAGGACAGACAAGAGAAAGUGUGCUUGUAAGAAAAAAGACUGUCCUAAUGUGUUGAAGCCAUUAACCCCUGCCCUCCUCUCUGUGGCUGUCAGAACAUUGUGGCGGUGGGGGCGGGCUUCUGUGACGGCCUGGGCUUCGGGGACAACACCAAGGCCGCUGUGAUCCGACUGGGGCUGAUGGAGAUGAUCGCCUUUGCACGCAUCUUCUGCACCGCCGGGCCCGUCUCCUCUGCAACCUUCCUGGAGAGCUGUGGCGUCGCCGACCUCAUCACGACCUGCUACGGCGGCCGCAACCGCAAAGUGGCCGAAGCCUUCGCCAAGACGGGGAAGGUGAGACUAACUUAAUUGGCUUUUGGAUAAAGACAGGGCGAUGUAAAAAUGAAAGAUGGUUUGAAUUAUAGCCUUUAGGAUUGGAAGGGGGAAAAUACAGUAGAUGAGAGCUUUAAAGGGAUAGGUCGAGAUUUUUACUUACCCAGAGUCAGAUGACCUCAUGGAUACCAUUUGUAUGUCUCUGCGUCCAGUAUGAAGGAAGUUGGAGGUAGUUACGUAAGCCAACGCAGAGAAAUGGUAUCCAUUAUUUCAUCUGAUAAAGGGCUUAAUUGCCAAAAAUAUCGCACUAUCCCUUUAAUUAUAAGCUUUGAAAAUAAAGGGGGCCAGAGAGUGAAUUUCAGUUAAAUAUAUUUUUUGGGGGGGGAGAGUGGCCUUGACUUCAACAGCCAUGUUUUUAUUCUGCUCAGUCAAUUGAAGAGCUGGAGAAAGAGAUGCUGAAUGGACAGAAGCUCCAGGGACCAGCAACAGCAGCUGAAGUCCAUGUCAUCCUAAAGAACAAAGAUCUGCUUGACAAGUAAGCUGGCACAGAAAUCAAACAGCUCUUUCACCCAUUACAUCUGAAAUGGUAAAAAAUAAUGCAGUUAUUCUCAAAGGCCAAAGAUAAUGACUGUGACAACUCAACAAUCCCCCCCCUCUCUCUCGUCCCAGGUUCCCACUGUUCAACGCUGUGUACCAGAUCUGCUACCAGGGCCAACCGGUCACAGAGUUCAUCAAGUGUUUGCAGAACCACCCAGAGCAUAUGUAGACUAACAGACUGGCCAAGUGACUGGAGAAGAAGGAUCAACACCACUUUCACUUUGUACCGGUUAUAAACUAGAUGGGGAAAAUACGCACAAUCACAUAGUCCACAGCUCCGAUGCAGCAAGCAGACUUCAACGGACGACGUGAAGUAAGGUUAGCUUGCAUUGGACUUGUGGUGUAUGCUGCAGCUAUUCUACUGUGUACAGUCUUUCGGGUUUUGUACGUACCUCCUAUGUUUUAUAAGUGGUUUUCUACAGGAGUAUGAUGACCCAGCAUGUAUUUGUUGCCGCCAAAUCAGAUGCCACUGUCCGUCCUCAGCUGUUAUGUUGGCUCGUCCAUUGUGAUACCUCACUUCGUUAUCGUUUGGCUUAUUCAUGUUGUGUUUAGGCUUUGUAGCAGAUGCUAGGCUAUUUGUGUCCUU